AUGGAUGCAACGAAGGUUUCUGUGACCUGGGACCCGCCUGUUUUGCCCAACGGGGAAAUUUUGGCAUAUUCCAUGACUAUACGUUCCUUGGAUGGCAAAGAUUUUGCCGUAGUCAAAGAAUUGGCGGCGAGUGAGAAGCGCCAUCACAUAUUUGCAGAUUUGCAUCCCAACACUGUUUACAAAAUUCAGAUUGCUGCAAAUAAUGCGGAAGGACAAGAUUUGCAUCCCAACACUGUUUACAAAAUUCAGAUUGCUGCAAAUAAUGCGGAAGGACAAGAAAGUUCGGCAGAUCCUCCGUAUUUGAUAUUCACUGCAGGAACAGGGAUUUUUUUGCAAGACGUCUUUGAAGUUUGGUCCGAGCCGUACAUUUUGCACAGGGCGAAAAGUGACGAUGCUUCAUACGGGUUUCUUGAUGUGGAUAUGGAUGCAAGAACAGGGACAUACUUUGUGUCAGACACGGAUGGCUACGUGUAUUCAGCAUCAGUGACAUCUACAGACGUAUCGCCUUUGGUCACAAUCCUGACCCCAGGUCAUCUUGGAGGUCGUGCGACUAAGCUGUCAGUGGACUGGCUGGGGAAACAGUUGUAUGUUCUCACUGGUACUUUUGACAACAACUCAAAAAGCACUAGAUGGCAAAUUUGGCAAUGCAGUUAUGAUGGGAAAAGUGGACUGAGGUCCGUCAUCAGGGAUUUUGGCGCUAGAACCCCGACCUUUUUUAGGGUCGAAAUGGUCUUUGGGUACAUUUACUGGGUUGAAGACGGGUUCGACGGGUCACAUCUGAAAAGACUGGAUUUAGGUGCUGUGAAAUUAAAUGCCGUGUCUGCUGCCAAAGCCGAGGAAAUUUUUGUUCACCCUUCCCUCGGCCCCUUUGUGAUUUUGCACGCCAACUUCUCUCUGCUGAUUGUUGACCACGGGAACAAAACUGUGCUGGAAGUCCCCUUCCAAGGGGGUUCGACAGCAAAAGACGUCAGGCCGUCCAGCCUGGUCAUCAAGUCCGGCCUGGACAAGGUCACAGACAUAUGUUACCAUUCGGGCCAAUUGUUCUGGACAACCCCAAGUGCAGUUUUCUACGAAGACGGCGACGGAACUGCAGUGUCCCACAAUGCGUUUCUCGGGCCAGUGACGACAGAUGGCAGCUCCUCUGGGUUCCAAGGAAUCGCCUUGUAUCACGUGUCGAGUCAGCCUGUGCCAGUGCCAGCGACAGCGCCGAAGGCUGUCGAGGUCCUUUUCGGUGCCAAUUCUGCCGAGGUCACUUGGUUGCCGCCGAUUGUGUCUGAUGCUCUUGGUGAAGGAUCUUGGAGUGAUUGGAAAUAUGAAGUCAGUUACUCUGUACUUGGAACUUCAGCAACAUCAUCAGCAGUGAAUUUGACAGGCAUGUCUUACCUCACUGAUAAUCUUCGGCCAUCCGAAACUUACUCAAUCAAGGUUCGAGCAUAUUCUGAAGGCGGAGGAUUCGGCCCAUGGUCAGAAAAUUUCGUAGGAAAAACAUUUCCUAAUGAACAACUGGUUCAAUUGCCAAAAUUCAUCGUUGCAUCUGACGAAAUGAUUGGAGUUUCAGAUGUUUUUGGGAAAACAGACGUUUAUCCAAGUGCCUUCUUUGAAGAUUUUUCCAACACAUUUCCGGUGAAAUCCAUUGUCACUGCUGACGAGAAUCGGGUUUUGCUGGCAAUGAAAGACUCUGAUUUGCUGUGGUUUGACCUGAGGACCAAGAAGAUGACGAAGUUGGGUCAAGUGUCGUCGGCAUCGGCUGUGGCUUAUGAUUGGAUCGGAAGGAAAAUUUAUUGGUCGGAUUCCAGUCGUCUAAUCAUUUGUCGUUCGGAUCUGAAUGGGAAUUCGACGGAAUUUCUCCCACUUUCCGGCAUCGUGUCGACAUUGACGUUGGAUCCAGUGCGAGGAUUUCUCUACUUUUCCACUGUCAACACUGUCGAAUCCGCGGCAUUAAAUGGCUCGAACCCUGUCAACUAUUUCCGGGAAGAUAUUUAUUCCGGAAAAAGAGUCGUCGGCAUGACGCUGAAUUUCGACGAAGGAAAAAUUCACUGGAUGGUGAGAAGUGCAGAAGGUGUCGUUUUUCACCAUGCUUUUCUGCGAGGCUUUGAGAAUAACAAAACCAAGGAAAAUGAUGCGACGAUUUUCGCGCAAGAUUUCAAAGGGCCUUUAGUGUAUUUUCAAGACAGGUUCGCCUGGUUGCAGUCGGAUGAGUUUAUUGUGAUCGGCGACUCGAAUUUCAAGAAUUUGGCAAAGAUCAAAAUCAGGCCAACUUCGGGAGGAAGAUUCGGAAAGUUGACUGCUUUCGGUGCUGCUUUUGUUCACUCACGACCUUUACCAGGACCAGUUUGUAUUGAGAUGGGAGAAGCCGAAAAAGAAAGUCUUGCAAAAUUGGAAAAACUUCCCUUGCUUGGCGUCGCAUCGGAAGAUUCAGUCGAGGUCCUUGACGCGGAAACGAGCAAAAUUUAUGCGAGCUUUCUGACCAAAUUGAGGUCAUGGCCAGAAGCGGUUGUUCAUGAUUCGCAUAAAAACGAGACUUUCUGGGCUGACGGGGACUUUUACAUUUACAAAGAUCAUCAACAGCUUUUGAAAAGAAAGAAGAAAACAACAGCGAUGGCAUUUGAUUGGAUCGGAAGAUACAUUUACUGGUCUGAGGAACAUGGCUCAAUUUUUCGACUGGAUUUGAGUGCAGUGGAAAAAGAAUCAAUUUUGGAACAAACUGUGGCUGAUCGAGGACUCGGAUUAGUGCAUUCAAUGCACUUUAAUCCUUUCAAAAGUGAAUUGGUCUUGGCAGAAGAAGGAAAAGACGGAUUCCAGAAGAUGCUGAAAAUAUCUAUCGACCAGGAUUUUCAGUUGAAGCCAUUUUUCAACAGCCAGCAAAACUGCAGUUGUGCCAAAUUCGCAGAAUCGGCUGACGCUUCUUCUGGGCCAUUCGCUUUGGAUUUCAGCGAAAAAUCGCGUUUCGGAAAAGCCAUUUUUUAUGAUGAAAAAGCAGAUGAAAUUUGGGAAUCAAGUUCGGAUGGUUGCCAGUGCAGAAAGUUGCUGAGUUUCGUCAGCAAGCGAGGAAGAGAUCAUUCUCCGAGAUCGUUGGCAAUUCCUGGAAGAAAUGUCUAUUGGUUCAAUGCUGAUAGUCUUCAUUCUUUGAGGACUGACGAAAGUCCUGUCGACGGAAACGGAAAAGAUCUGUUUGACAAAGGAUCUCCCGGAAUUUUGCUGAAUCCUCGAAUUUUAUUCACCUUGGACCAGCCUUUCCCAAAAGAAGUGUUCGAAUGUUUGAAACCUGUGGAGUACAAACCAGUGCCGAAACUCGCAGCUCAAACCCCAGUGAAACUGAGUUUGGCUUUCGAAGCACCGAAAUUCCAUCCGGAAUGUUCUAAUUUCCAGCCCAUUUCCAAACCGACUUACUUUUUCAAAAUUUGCCAUCACGCAGUGAUUAAAGCUGAGCCGAAAUUCACUGCAAAAGCCGAAUUUUUGCUGCAACAAGUCAAGUCUGUGCAUUCCAUCAAAACGUCAUCGUUCGAGGAUCAUCAUGAUAUUGGAGAAUUGGCACAAGAUUGUUUGAUCAAGGAGGUUGAUUUCAAGGCGUCAACUGUUGUAGAAAUCGGAAGUCUGCAGCCAAAAACAAACUAUUCCUUCGAAAUAUUCUUGGAAAACGUGCAUUUUCAGUCUCAAUUUGGCCCUGGAACUGUUUUUCAUUACAAAACAAUAGGAUUCAGGCCACAUAAACUCGACCCACCUGUUGUGCUAAAACAAGGUUCCACGGGUUUCACUAUUGUUCGUUGGGAAGCCGUGAAAACACCUGUUGCGGCUCAAAGUGAUUCAGAAAUUGUUUCAAACAAAUACAUUUUGGAGGGCAAACGAAGUUCUUCGCCGGGAUUCCACUGGACUGUGAUUUACAAAGGCUCAGAGACUUCGUACAAUUUCACGCACCAACGCGAAGCGAGGAACCUCGGAACCAUCGUCAACGACACCACCAGCACCAUCAAGGACACCACAAGUGGCACCAUCAUCACGUCGGAAAACGAUCAAAAGUGGGUGUUCAGAGUUGCCGCCGAAAAUGAAUUCGGGCUCGGGGAAUUCAGUGAGCCGAGCAAGUCCUUGUUGGAUGCUGAACCGUUGGCAAUGCUGACGGAAACUGCGGAAUUGGCAGUUGUGGUCGGCGCUGCUUGUUUGGCAGUUGUCAUAAUUGCAUUGGCUGCUUACGGAUGUCUUUUAGGGGCUGGACACGAUUUGGCAACACUGACUGACCUGCCAAGACACGCGAGGUUCAUUGAGGAAACCAACGAGUUUUACAGACCCAGCAAUGACAUGGACGACGGCACAGAUGGCGCUGCUGGAGGCCCCACUGCCGAAGAAAUGGGCUUGUUGCCGAAAAUAAGAAGACAACACAUAACCUUGACGAAAUUCCUGGGCUCGGGGGCCUUUGGCGAAGUCUUUGAGGGACUGGCCAAGGGGUUACCUGUGUUCGAAUGUUUGAAACCUGUGGAGUACAAACCAGUGCCGAAACUCGCAGCUCAAACCCCAGUGAAACUGAGUUUGGCUUUCGAAGCACCGAAAUUCCAUCCGGAAUGUUCUAAUUUCCAGCCCAUUUCCAAACCGACUUACUUUUUCAAAAUUUGCCAUCACGCAGUGAUUAAAGCUGAGCCGAAAUUCACUGCAAAAGCCGAAUUUUUGCUGCAACAAGUCAAGUCUGUGCAUUCCAUCAAAACGUCAUCGUUCGAGGAUCAUCAUGAUAUUGGAGAAUUGGCACAAGAUUGUUUGAUCAAGGAGGUUGAUUUCAAGGCGUCAACUGUGGUAGAAAUUGGAAGUCUGCAGCCAAAAACAAACUAUUCCUUCGAAAUAUUCUUGGAAAACGUGCAUUUUCAGUCGCAAUUUGGCCCUGGAACUGUUUUUCAUUACAAAACAAUAGGAUUCAGGCCACAUAAACUUGACCCACCUGUUGUGCUAAAACAAGGUUCCACGGGUUUCACUAUUGUUCGUUGGGAAGCCGUGAAAAUACCUGUUGCGAGUCAAAGUGAUUCAGAAAUUGUUUCAAACAAAUACAUUUUGGAGGGCAAACGAAGUUCUUCGCCGGGAUUCCACUGGACUGUGAUUUACAAAGGCUCA